AUGUCCAACCAGAUCACACCAGCGUCGCCCGUACCGGCCUACGAUGCCGCGGAGCGCGGUACUCUCGAGGUGAUUCCCGCGCCGCCGAAAGCCACCACCGUCCAUCUCGAUGCUAGCGAGGAGAAGAAGUUGUUGAAGGAGAAGGAGUCUGUCACCGUCACCCAACUGUCCAAGCCUGCCGCAAAGCCCGCUCCGAAGCCAAAGAAGAAGGUCUCGAAAUGGAUCCUCUGGCAACUCUGGUUCAACACAUACAGGAAGCUUUUCACUAUCGCCUUCAGUUUCAACAUGAUCGCUAUCGGCCUCGCCGCCUCCGGACAUUUCCCGUAUGCGGUUCGGUACGAUGGUGCUAUGAUCCUCGGUAACUUGAACUUCGCUAUCCUCAUGCGGAACGAGGUCUUCGGUCGCCUUCUAUAUCUGUUCAUCAACAAGAGCUUUGCAAAGUGGACACCGCUAUGGUGGCGCCUCGGCUGCACGUCGGUCCUUCAGCAUCUCGGUGGCAUUCACAGCGGCUGCGCCCUUUCUGGAGUUGCCUGGCUCGUAUUCAAAGUUGUCCAGAACUUCAAGGCCACGAACGUCACUCACAAGGCCAUCCUUGUCGCCGGUACCGCUACGAAUAUCGUCGUGAUCAUCAGCGCUCUGAGUGCUUUCCCAUGGGUCCGCAACACACAUCACAACAUCUUCGAGCGUCACCAUCGGUUCGCCGGCUGGAUGGGAAUCGUCUUCACUUGGGCCUUCGUCAUUCUCGGCGAUAUCUACAACGUUCAAACUGAGACCUGGGACCUCAGCGCUCGCCAUGUCUUCAAGCAGCAGGACUUCUGGUUCAUCAUGAGUAUGACGAUCCUUGUCUUGUUGCCGUGGUGUUUCGUGCGCGAGGUUCCAGUCGACAUCGAGCUGCCGUCGCCGAAGGUUGCCAUCCUCCGCUUCGAGCGUGGCAUGCAGCAGGGACUGCUUGCCCGCAUUAGUCGCUCAUCGAUCAUGGAAUACCACGCCUUCGGCAUCAUUUCGGAGGGCACCCACGCCAAGUAUCACUACCUCAUCUGUGGUGUACAAGGCGAUUUCACGCGUAGCCUUGUGAACGAUCCGCCUCGCACUAUCUGGACGCGCGAGCUGAAGUUUGCCGGUGUGUCGAACACAUCCACACUGUACAAGCGCGGUAUUCGUAUAUGCACUGGUACCGGCCUCGGCGCGGCGCUCUCCACCUGCUUGCAAUCACCGAAUUGGUUCCUUAUUUGGAUCGGCUCCGACCAGGAGAAGACGUUCGGCCCGACCAUCAGCGGUUUGAUCAAACGCCACCUUGAGCCCGAGCGCUACAUCCUUUGGGACUCGAAAGCGCGCGGCGGUCGUCCUGACACGAUGAAGAUUCUCAAGGAGGUGUACAAGUCGUGGAACGCUGAAGUCGUCUUCAUCACGUCCAAUUACAUUGGAAACUCGGAGAUCAUGCAGGGCUGCAAGGAGGCUGGGAUCCCCGCUUUCGGGACUUUGUGGGACUUCUAA